AUGCAGCUGGACAGGUUCAUUCCCAAUCGCUCUGCGAUGGAUUUUGACUAUGCACAUUACAUGCUCAGUGGUGGCAAGGUUAAAAAGGAACACGUUGGAGUAAAUUCUUCAUCUUACUUGAAGCUGUUAGCACAAGAACUCAACAUGAACAGAACGAGAAUCCUUGCUUUUAAGAAUAAACCUCCACCUUCGGCUGAGAGAGUUUCCGAAUCUCCAUCACAUAUUCAACAGUCAAAAGCCGUUAAAAAGCGGAGAUACAUUCCCCAAGUGAGUUUACUGUCGUUUCUGUUUUUUGCGCUAACUCUACUUAUUGUAUUCGUACUGGGGAGCAGUAAUGUUAUUGCCAUUGGGUUAGGGAAUUCUGUAUAUCUGUGGGAUGCUUUUGAUGGGUCGACUACUGAGCUUCUCACGGUUGGUGAUGAUUUUGGGCCGGUGACUAGCGUCAGCUGGUCACCUGAUGGAAGACACCUUGCAGUUGCCUUGAAUAAUUCGCAUGUUCAGUUGUGGGACACCUUGCAGGGGUCUAGCCAAUUGGUAAGUGGUUUCUUUCGCCGUCUUCCUUCUUCUAGUCUAAUUAUUAUCACAAGUCUAACAUCUUUCUUUCUACACAGCUGA